GAAAGUUCAAAUUUCAAUUGGCUGACUGACGUCAGUCAUCAGCCAACUAUUUAGGGUGAGAAGCUAACGGUAUGGAUGCAGCUACCCUCACCUACGACACAUUGAGGUUUGCAGAGUUGGAGGAGUUCCCACAGACCGAGGAACCUGUGUGGAUUCUGGGACGGGAGUCCAGCGCUCUCACAGAGAAGGAUGACAUUCUGUGUGAUAUUUCAUCUCGCCUCUGGUUCACUUACAGAAAGAAUUUUCCACCUAUCGGAGGGACAGGCCCCACCUCUGAUACUGGCUGGGGUUGCAUGCUGCGAUGUGGGCAGAUGAUCCUGGGAGAAGCCCUGGUCUUAAGGCAUCUGGGCCGAGACUGGAGGUGGGUGAAAGGAAAGAGGCAGAGAGAGGAGUAUUACAGCAUUCUUAAUGCCUUCAUUGACAAGAAGGACAGCUACUACUCUAUACACCAGAUAGCUCAGAUGGGAGUAGGGGAGGGGAAAUCCAUCGGACAGUGGUAUGGACCAAACACAGUUGCACAGGUGCUAAAGAAACUUUCAGUGUUUGACUCCUGGAGCCGUCUUGCUGUUCAUGUAGCCAUGGACAACACAGUGGUCAUUGAGGAGAUCAGGAGGCUGUGCAUGCCAUGGCUGGACUAUGCCGGAGCUGCUGCCUUCAUGGACCCCGACCUGGAGCGGGAGCACAAUGGCUUCACAGAGGGAGCCUGUGCGCUGGACCAGUCUGCAGUGUGGAAACCGCUGGUGCUGCUGAUCCCACUGCGGCUGGGGCUGAGCGAAAUCAACGAGGCCUACAUCGAAACACUCAAGAAGUGCUUCAUGCUGCCCCAGUCACUAGGAGUGAUUGGGGGGAAACCCAACAGUGCCCACUAUUUCAUCGGCUAUGUAGGAGAGGAGCUGAUCUAUCUGGACCCCCACACCACGCAGCCCUCUGUGGAGCCCUGCGAUGAUGGGCUGGUUCCUGAUGACAGCUACCACUGCGAGCACCCGCCCUGCCGCAUGCACAUCCGUGAGCUCGACCCCUCCAUCGCUGUGGGUUUCUUCUGUAGUACGGAGGAGGAUUUUGAUGACUGGUGUUUGCGCAUUCAAAAGAUGUCUGAGAGAAGAGAAGCAUUGCCAAUGUUUGAGCUGGUGGACAGACAGCCUUCUCACUUCAUGAGCUCAGACAUACUUAACCUCACCUCAGAUUUCUCUGACUCUGAUCGACUGGAGAGGUUCUUUGACUCGGAGGACGAGGAGUUUGAGAUCCUGUCUCUUUGAGGAGGACUGUGGUCCAGACCAGGAGAGGUCUGUCGAGGAAGAGAGGGCUGGGGAAAGGACUAAUUUUGCAUUGGCUUGAUUCCAGCAUUCAACCCAUAGUGUAAUCCAGACCCACCCCGAAGCAAAGCUUCCUGUCUGAUCAACUACAAACUGCUGCAAACUUUACUUUCACUACAAAGACUUGUGUAAGGGGUGGGGAUAGAUUAUUAUUGUUUUAAGUUUACAAUGUGCUUUUUUUUUUUUUUU